UGGAAGUCGUAAACACAGCCUGUCCAAGACGUACUUUCUGAUUUUACUUGGGUGGUUUUUUUUUAACGAAAUUGUCGUUCGUCGUGAAACACGAGAUAUUUGGGGGACUUUACGAUCAAGUUAAGCCAAAUAUCAACACUUUUAAAUGUAGAUCAAACAAGUACAGAUGUCAGUUAUUUUUAAUCAAUUAGUCUGAUUGUCAUUGUAGCACGAAAUGUUGACAUACAGCAGCGGCUCAUCCAUUCUCUUCAGGUUCACUUCUAAGAUGCUGUUAUCAACCAUGACAAUCUGGCUGCUUCUGUUCUCAAGAUUACAGACAGGUGACGCUACUUUCUCCGAAUACAGCGCUCCCACGAUAAGUUUUGAACCUCCUUCAAGUGUAACUUUCCUCAACAGUUCAGGAAUGUCUCUUCGUUGUUCUGCUACGGGAAACCCUAACCCUGAUAUCUAUUGGGUUCUGACAGAUGGUACAGAAGCUAUCGACGUUCCUGGUUUACGGAUUUCCUUGUCUAACGGUACACUAGUGUUUCCACCGUUUCGUUCAGAAAGCUUUCGACAGGACAUUCACUCACUUGCUUACCGCUGUGUGGCAUCUAACUCAUUGGGCAAAGUCGGAAGCAGAGACAUUCAAGUGAAAGCAGUUUUAAAACCAGAUUAUGAAGUUCAGACUAAAGACGAGAUCGUUAUACGAGGAAAUACGGCAAUUCUUUACUGUCAUUUACCCAAAUACGUCAAGGAAUACGUCACGGUUACGUCAUGGGAAAGAGAAGAUGGUAUGACAAUCGUAUCAAAUGUGGCUAGUGGUGGCAGAUACAGCGUUCUUGCUAAUGGAGAACUUCAUAUUCGGGAUACUAUGAUGAACGAUGGAUUUCACUUUUACAGAUGUCACACAAGACAUGCACUGAGUGGCGAAGGCCGAUUCAGCAUGACUCGAGGGCGACUAAUCGUAAUAGAUGCAAAAGAGAGGCAAGCUCCAAAGCUGUCUUCCACUAGAACCUCCAUCCACGUCCAGGAAGGAGAACCAGCAGAACUAACGUGUGCUGCUCAAGCUUUUCCUCUUCCCGGUUACAAAUGGUACAAAAAUGAAGGAGGACGACCGAUUUCCGUGGAUCUAGACGGAAGAGUCAGCCAAGUGAGUGGAUCUUUGUACUUCCGAAGAACUUACUUCCAGGACACAGGGUCUUACGUCUGUGUUGUUACAAACAGCGUCGGAGAACAAAGAAUGGACAGCACACUUAGUGUUACAGUUCCCCUACAGGCUUUUAUUGGGCCAAAACGACUCCUAGUUGAUGCAGGGAGCUCUGUAACUCUAACGUGUAACGUUACUGGUUAUCCAAUAGAAACAAUUUACUGGAUGAAAAACCAACGCCAUCUGGCGGUUGGAAAUAAUAGAGUUAGAGUACUUUCCCGCCAUACACUACACCUUACUUCGGUGAAAAGAGAAGAUAAAGGGGUGUAUCAGUGCUACUCCAGAAACAAGGACAGCUCCACUCAAGCUUCUGUCGAACUGAUGUUGGGAGAAACACUACCUGCGUUCUUGGACAGUUUUAACGAACAAAUAAUUCAGCCGGGACCUGGCGUCUCUUUACGCUGCAUUGCUUCUGGAACACCCUUACCUCAAGUCACGUGGUCAGUGGAUGGGUUUCCCGUCCAAGACGACGAGCGAGUGCGUGUUGGAGACUUCGUCAGUCGGAGUGGUGACGUUGUCAGUCACGUGAAUAUUACUGAUACACACGUGGAAGAUGGUGGCUUAUACACUUGUACAGCCAAGAACGAGGUCGGAAAAAUUCAAAACUCUGCUAGGCUCAAUGUUUAUGGACUUCCAUCGGUCAAAACUUUAAAGGACAGGUCAGUUGUGGCAGGAGAAAACUUGCUUAUCCACUGUCGUGUAGCUGGCUAUCCUAUUGAAGAGGUCACUUGGGAUAAAGGUGGUAAACGCUUACCCACCAACAAGAGACAACGGCUAUUUCGAAACGCAAGCCUCGCCAUUAGUAACAUCCAGAAAGUCGAAGAUGAAGGAAUAUAUUCGUGCACAGCCAGAAACAGAGAUGGCGCCACUGCCAUGGGAAGUGUGAAAGUUACUGUUCAAGUAAAACCAGUUAUUCUACCUUUCAACUUUCCAAGAGAAAUACAAGAAGGGAUGAAGAUUCGUCUGUUUUGUACAGUUGCUACUGGCGAUCCUCCAUUCCAGCUUAGCUGGUACAAAGAUAGCCAGCCUCUUUUGCCAGAGCGUGAUGACGUCAUUAUAAAUAUUCCGGGUGAAGAUUAUAGCUCCUUAAUUAUAGAGAGUGCCAGGCCUGACCACAAUGGUCGAUACACGUGUAAUGCAAAGAAUGCUGUAUCUUCUGUGAACUACACGGCGACUCUUGUGGUCCGAGUUCCUCCGAGAUGGCGUAUUAAACCCUCUGACCUUAGUGUUGUGGUGGGAAGAAGCGUCACCUUACACUGCCAAGCCGAAGGAUAUCCUCAACCCCAGAUUGUAUGGGAAAGAAAAGCAGGAUCAAAAGUAAACGGCUAUCAGCAUAUUAGUACAAGUUACCAUCACCAGGUCUUCGAAAACGGAUCAUUAACGAUAGAGGGCGUCACCGAACAAGAUGCAGGGCUAUACUUGUGUCAGGCAACGAAUGGAAUUGGACCGGAAUUGAGCACGGUGGUUAACCUUAGUGUACACUUUGCACCACAGUUUCACACCAAAUUUCGAACUCAAAUGGCACAGAAAGGAGAAUCUUUUGUCAUAAACUGUCAUGUGACAGGUGAUCUGCCAAUAUUUAUUGAUUGGUUACGUGAUCAACAUCCUUUGGACGUGGAUCUAGAAUCAAGAAUCGAAAUAAGACAACAUGCAGAAAAUCGGGGAAUGAAAUCUCAACUACAGAUAUUUUCGGCGUCUCGGAGCGACUCCUCCUUGUAUACCUGUAGAGCGUCGAACAAUUAUGGAUCAGACGAGACAAACAUUCAAUUAAUAAUUCAAGAGCCACCUGAUUCUCCUAGAGAAAUCAAACUUCUUGAAACCGGAAGUCGAGAAGUGGCAAUCACGUGGAGUCCACCAUUUAGCGGAAAUAGCUUAAUAGUCAACUACACCAUACAGUGGAGAUCUAAAGGUGUCUCUACGAUAUGGGAAACACACACAGUUCUAGCCAAUGAAACAUCUUUUAGAAUCCACAACUUGUAUCCAGCGCAGACUUAUGAAGUUCGAAUGUUGGCAAGAAAUGUCAUCGGGACAAGUCAACCAGGAAACAUUUUUAUGUUCUCAACUGAGGAGGAAAUACCGGAAAGUCCUCCUGAGGAUGUUCGAGUGGAAGCUAUUAAACCGCAAUCUUUACAUGUGUCGUGGAAGGCGUUACCUUACGGGUUGAGUAAUGGGAUAAUCCAGGGCUAUUACAUAGGGUACAAAAUAACCAAUACCACAAACUCUUUUCAAUAUAAAACUGUGAAAAAUGAGUCGUCAGUCGUCUCUCGAAUCGAAUGUGAACUUCGGGGAUUGGAAAAAUAUACUUCUUACACUGUAGUUGUCCAGGCUUUCAACAGAAAAGGUGCAGGUCCCCGGUCUGAUCCCGUGAUUGGAAGAACUCAGGAGGAUGUUCCCAGUUCUCCACCUCAACAAUCUGCUUGUAUUCCGAUGACGUCACAGAGCAUGAAGGUCACGUGGCAAACACCACCACUUGAGUCACUUAACGGUGUUUUAAAAGGUUACAAAAUAAUUUUUGUUCGUAAUGACGAUUUUACUGGCCCUCAGACUAAUGAAAUAACCGUUGGUGGAGACAAAGCAUCAGGCAUUUUACAUAAACUGGAGAAAUUCUGUAAUUACUCCAUCACUAUCUUAGCUUUCACAAGACAAGGAAAUGGCAAACCUAGCGAGCCGAUUUUAUGUACAACUUUAGAAGAUGUUCCUGGCCCUCCAGCGGACAUCAAAGCCAUGCCAAUGUUACCAGAUGCUAUACUGAUUAGCUGGCGUCCGCCAUUGAAUCCAAAUGGGAUCAUACGAAAAUACACUUUGUACCAGCGGACUUCAACUGGGACUCGUAAGAACACAAUCAAGAUGACGCUUCCUCCUUCUCAAAGACAUUAUAAAGCACAAAAACUGCCUCGCAACUGGCGCUUUGAAUUCUGGGUAACGGCGUCUACCGCGGAAGGAGAAAGUGAGGCUACAAGAGUUUUAUCACAAACUACUUCAGAUUCAGUUCCUGCCCGUAUUGCUUCGUUUUCUGAACAUGUCUUAGUUACCAGAGGAUCGAGCUUAGUGCUUCCUUGUCAAGCAGUCGGAAUACCAGCUCCUAAGAAGAAAUGGAGUUUCAGGGGACGUCCAGUCGUCGAAGGGGGACACCGUGUUCGUAUUUUGGUAAAUGGUUCUUUAUACAUUCCAAAUAUUCAAGACAACGACUUCGGAAAUUAUACCUGCCACGUGGAAAAUAGCUACGGAGCAGACGAGAUAAGUUUCGCUAUUACCGUUAGAGGUUAUCUCCUAAGUUACAGACGAGAGUAUGGAAGUUGGGAGGAGAUGGAAAUACCACCCGACAGACAAACAGCAACAAUAAAAAAUCUUCACUGUGGAACAAGGUACCUCUUACGAAUAGCGGCAGUUAGUCAAAUCACCGCAGGAGAAUAUAGCAAGCCUAUUUAUGGUCGAACUGAAGGAAAAGCUCCACAAGCUCCUGCAAAAGGAACCUUUAUUAGAGCAAACUCCACGUAUAUGAUUCUUUAUAAGGAGGCUUGGAACAACGGACGCUGUCCAAUUAGGUCGUUUAUCAUUCGCUACAAACGUUUUUUCGCUACUGAUUGGACAUUGGUAAAUAAUGAUGCUAAAUCUUACGUGAUGAUUAGGGAUCUCUCACCGGGCACGUGGUAUAAGGUAUGGGUGACGUCACAUAACGAAGCUGGCUCAACAGUAGCAGAAUAUGACGUUGCAACACUAACACUAAAUGGCGCUACAGUAGCUCCAGUUUUCUUUGAAAGUAGCCGAGCUCCAGCGAACCUGUGGGAAGAUCUAAACAUCAUUAUUCCAAUCGUUGCUGCUGUUGUGGCUUUGUCGGUCGUCCUAGGUGUCGCUAUAUGCGUAUGCUUAAAGAAGCGCCAGAACGAAGAGAUCUAUGAAAGAAGAGGAGGUAAUUCAAAUAGCUUUGCACUAGUGCCACCUAGUGGUCCUAAGAAAUAUUCGGAUACCGUCCAGCAUCAAGAUACUCCUAUUUAUCAAAGCGUUCCCAAAUCACAGACACAUCUACCUGAGCCUACAUCUGCCUCUGAACACUUGAUACAUGACUGUCAGAGACAAUAUUACGAUGACGAACUGGCACCUUACGCCACCUUCCGGCUACCCGGUUGUGAUUCAGACACCGAAAGUUCCCAGGGUACAGUUCGAGAACUACAGACCUUUGGCAACCAAUACGAGCGGUCUUUCCCCGAUCCUUCGGCUCAGCAGGAAGAUCCAACCUGGCAAAACGUGAAAAUAGGCAGUCAUCCAAAACGUUUAGGGUAUCGGAUCUUUGAUGUCACUGACGCACAAAAAUUGCCUGCUUCAAGUUUUUGGGAAGAACAUCAGAAUCCUGAAGAUUCCGUUGUCCAAGUUUUUACUAAAACUUUAAAACAACUAUCAAAGUCCAACGAACCGUCCAGACUUAGCACCGAUUUGGAAAACGGAAGUGGGAUUGAGGAAAAGUAUCUUUUGGUGACUAAAAACUUGGAAACUUCUUCAGGUGGAAAGAAUUUGGCAAGUGGCGAUAGUCACUGGCGAAACCUAGGAAAUGGACAAGGGGAGAAGAGUCGAAUGUAUUUUUAACUACAGUGGGAUUGUUUCGUAGCAUGUCUAAAACCGCGAGUGUUUUAAAUUCUGAGAGAUUGUUUCGAAGGACAUGAAAGAAACCGAAUUUUUUAACUCUAGUGGAAUUGUUUCGUAGGCCAUCACAGAAACCGAACGUGUUUUGAACGCAGGUUGUUGUUGUGUAGGCCAUCACAGAAACCGAACGUGUUUUGAACGUAAAAUAUUUCGAAGGACAUGAAAGAAACCGAACGUGUUUAGAACGCAGGUUGUUGUUGUGUAGUACAUUACAGAAACCGAACAUGUUUUGAACGUAAAAUAUUUCGAAGGACAUGAAAGAAACCGAACAUGUUUUGAAUGCAAAAUGUGUCGAAGGA